AUGGCUGCGUCCAUGUCGCUGCUCUCUGGCUGCAGGUGUCUGGUGUCUGGGUUCUUGUGGGGAAACUGGGCUCACGCCGCAUCUCAUGGAUUGAAGCAGGUUGUAGAAACUACUGAAAGAAACACAACUAUUAUUGAAGGUAAAGUGCUGGAAGUUGAGGAAGCCCCAACAACUCCAAAUCCUUCUGGCCAAUGUCCUAUCUGUCACUGGAACCUAAAGCACAAGUAUUCUUAUGAGGAUGUUUUAUUGGUCAGUCAAUUCAUAACCUCUGAGGGAAGCAUGCUGCCCAGGAGAGUUACAGGCCUCUGUAUGGAAGAGCACAGAAAGGUUGAAGUGUGUGUGAAAUUAGCUCAUCAAGCAGGUUUGCUGCCAAAUCAUAAACCUAAACUUCCUGAAGGUUUUGUUCCAAAAAACAAGAAACCAAAGCUCAACAGGUAUCUUACCCGAUAA